AUGACGAGCAUCGCAGAUAAUUACCAAGCAAGCGCGCCGCCUGAACAUCCUAAGAAGGUAAUAAGCACAAGAAAUAAGCGUUCACAAAUCAUCAAGAUCUUCAUGAUCGUUCUUGUCACAGCAAUAUCCAUGGUUUUCACUAUCGUUGAUGUCGUGGUCACCGCACAGAAUCUGAAACAAAAACAUGAGCUGAAACAUAACAUUGCCCAUGGUAUUAAAGUUUCGUCGAUCAUUCAUAAUCUUCAAAAUGAAAGAAGCCAAACGUCCAUGUUUCUUGUUUCCAAGGAAUGGAACACCAGCACUAAUUCGUUGAAGUUACAGAAGGUGAAUUAUAGAAAAUAAAAUAUUGGCAUCUUUAUGUGUUUUUUUAUCUACAGCUAAUUAAUUCGGCUACGUGGAGUACAGUGCGAUACAUUGUACGUAUAGACGAAGCAUAGGUUUUCCCACGUUUUUGUGUUUCAUGUAUUAUUUCUUCGUCGAGAAAUUGGCUUUACUCCCAGAAUGCUCUGCGUCAUCUUUAUAUGAAACGAAGACGAAUGUAAUUAUUGCGGUGAUGUUUACGACAACCUGCCGGACAAAAUCAAAGAUUAUAGGCCCAUAUAUUUAAUAUAAUGACCAAGUUUUUAAUAAUUUAUAACGAUGAUCAUACAGUAUAUGUAAAUAAUGUUAUAACUGGCAGUUUCAAAGAAUCACUUGCGAUUCGCAAACUGAAAUCUAUAACCUUGAUCACGGAACUAAAGCUUCUAAAGAACUAAUAAUAUUAAACUAUAAUGACCUUAAUAUAUAGUAUUUCUCAUAUUUCUUCAAUUAUUUAACAAUUAUUCGCCGAAGGCGAGGUGAUUAUCGGGGAAAUUCGCCGAAACGACGUCGAUGUGAAUAUUCCCCGAUAAUGACCGAGCCUGAGGCGAAUAAUUGUUUUCAGAGUAUUUUUACACAAGUCUUUUGUGUUUUUUGGGACUGAAUUUAUUUAUCAGUAUAACUUCCACAAAACGACUAGCCACCAUUUUGCAAAUUUCGGUUUUGUUAUGUUCAUUUGACAAAUCAACUUGUAGGAUUUGUUAUAUUCACUAGUGCAAAAAUACUAAAGAUAAUUAUCUACCUAUGAUAUGUAAUACUUUUAUCAUUCCUGAUGAUGACUAAAAUCUAGUCAAAACGCCGAAUAAACACUUUCCACAAUCUUUACUCUUUUCGGAGUUACUAUUGUAUUGUAAUUAAAUGAAUAAAUGUUUCGUCACAUUAUGUUAAGGUUCGAAAAAGUACAGAUGAAAGUAUCCACGAUCUAAAGAAUUGGCGUUAUACACUUCCCGGAGCUCGUUGUGAGACUAUUUCAGACUCAGACUCUUUCUUGGAUGAAAUUCGUCACUUUCGGUCAAAAACUGACAGUGGUGACGGACUGAUGGUACAUGAACUGAUCCGUAUCUUUUCCAGUUGGACUCAUGAAUUGAUUUCCUGGUUAGCCCACUACACUGUUACACAAGAUAUCCAAAACCAUGCCGAUGAUUUGUUCGCCUAUCACAUGAUUCUAAACACCAAGGAGGAACUGGAAUUGGAGAAAACGUUUGGAGCAAUGUAUUUUCUUCAUGGAGAAGAAUUUACCUUUCAGAAUGUCACAAUGUACAACGAGAAACGAGUGCGAGCUCAAGCAUUUCUUGACACUGGACUACUCUUUUCUUCAGUCGUAAAAAACAACUACUAUUCUCUGAAAAAAGAAAUGAACGCAUCUGUAUGGUUGAAGGACAUCGAAUCAAAACGCCAGUACAUUGCUUCCAAUAGUUUCACAAAUUCUUCCAAGGAUAAUGCUAUGGAUUGGUUUGACCUAAUGACCAAAUACGGCGAUCUCAUGUUACGGCUGGAAGUGAACGAUGCGAAUCGUAUCGAGUCACAUGUUGAUGACGUCAUACGAAGUAAUGUUCUCUGGUUAAUCAUUCGUUCGCUUCUCGUGUGUUUUGCUGUCAUCGCUGUUCCAUUUAUUAUCAUAUCCUUGGUCAGAAUACAGAAUGAUUUCUAUAAAUACGCGCACUCUCUUCAUCAUAAGGUUGGAUUGGAACAAUCUCGUACAGAAUUUCUGAUGAGAGAAAACGCUCGGCAUGUUGAUGGUUAGUAUUUUACACACAUAGAACUACCGUAAACCUCCGAAUAUAAGCCCACCAUAUUUACUAACGCUCAGGCCAUUCCGGAAUACAAGCCCCCCUCCCCGAAUUUAAUCCCCUAAGCUCAUGGGCUUAUUAUUGGACAGAUAUUUAUUAACGCAGCGAUAGGGAUUCCAACUUCUCAGACGAGUGACGAUAAUCACAUUACAGUAUUACAACUAGGCUAACCAACUUGUUUUAUUUGUUAUAUACUGUAUGUUUAUAUUUCUUUUCGUUCACGGUAUAGUUUACAGGUACAAUAAAUUUUUGUUACUAACACCAAAUAUCGUCUGUAUAUAACCCCUCCCGAUACAUGAGUAUUUAAAUUAUGAUACAUGAUAUAUUCUAUCAUCUAUUUUACUAUUCUACAAUUAUUUAUUUUAUUCUACCAUCUACAAAAACCCAUAUUUAUUCGACUACCUUCUGCUAUUAAUUCUAUCGAACGAGAUUGGCCCAAACUUCUCCGAUAUUUACCCAUCAACCGACGUUAGCCCAUUUGGUCUAUCAUUUUCUUUUGUGUAAUGCGUUGUAACAGAAAGGAAAUUGUCCGAAUUACUGUUAUCUAUGAAAGUCAAAAAUCCAUUUCCAGUUGACAAUUUGAAAAAUUCCCAUGCAGUGCCAGUAAAAUAACGAUGCUAACUUUUUGUUUUUGCAGACUUAGCCUCUCGAUGGAAGCAGUUCUCUCAAACGAACUCAGAAGGUCAACUUUCUAUACAUUCAGUCCAGCCUCAAAUUCAAAACUAAAUGUAUAAGUUGGAACGUUUUGCAAGAUUUUUCGACACUGAGCAACUCAAUAGGAAAAAGGUGUAUUUCUCAUAGACCUUUGUCAGGAGAGUUAGGAAGAUACUGCAAGAAAAACGUGUCUGAGUAUUCCGGCUUAAAAACUUGAGUAAAAUAAAGCACAUACCUGAAAUUUAUUAGCAAAUUUAUACUGGUUUUGAAUGGGUAAAUCUUAUAACUCAAAAAAUUGUGCAACUAUUCGAAAUUUUACUAAAACAAUCGAGUAAAUUUGCUCAUAAUUUUCAGUAAUUUUCCUCAAAAUCUUGAGUCACUUCGAGUUUUAUUUUAUUGGACUGCUUUAACUCGCGAUGAACUUUAAUUUGAAUUUGCUUCUUUGAAGGUUUCACUCAAACUCAUACUUGAUGUAGUGCUUUAAAUAAUAUCAAUGUAGUGCUUUAAUUCAUUAUAAAAACAAUAAUAAUACUGACGAACUAUAUUUAUU